AUGAAUUUCACAUCAAAAAAUGUCUUCACUUGUCUAUUUUUUCGACCCUGGCUAGGCGUGCCGUUGGGUAUAUGGGUGGCUGUGUCCAUUGUGUAUUAUUGGUGGUUAAUAUCAAGAAUUGAUGUACUGGAAACGGAAAAUAAAGUUAUAAAGAAGCAAUUAUCAUUGAGUAGCAUUCAUGAUGUUGUAGACAGAGCUACCAGUUAUUCUGUACCUGAGAUCCCAGAUGCUAUUGGUACUCUCUGUGAAACGGUCCACAUAGCUUUGGUAUGUAUGGGGAAAUGCACUCGUAAUAUAACACCAAUGUUGAAGUCGCUCUUACAUCAUCGGCAGAAUCCAAUACAUUUCCACUUCAUAGUCGGCCCUGGAUCAAUGCAGACUUUAAAUAAACUGUUCGAAACUUGGGACCUGCCUGAUGUGAAAUACACUUGUUAUGAUGCCCAAGAUCGUCUAUCUGAAGUCAAAUGGAUUCCAAAUAGUCAUUAUUCUGGUGUAUAUGCACUCGUCAAACUGCUAUUCCCCAGUAUAUUGCCGAAUGAACUGGAACAAGUUAUAGUACUGGAUUCUGAUCUAACAUUCCUUUCUGAUGUUUCUCAACUGUGGCACAUGUUCAGAAAUAUGACAAGCAUGCAGUUCAUUGGACUUGUUGAAAACGAAAGCAACUGGUACACAAAUCAACAAACAAGAUGGCCGGCGUUGCGACGCGGUUACAAUACGGGUGUCAUGUUAUUAGAUUUAUAUAAAAUAAGAUCAUUAAUAAGUUGGACGACUGUUUGGCAGAAGACUGUAAAUGAAAAUCUAGAUAGACUGAAAACAACUGCUUUGGCUGAUCAAGACGUUAUAAAUGCUAUCAUAAAGAGCCAUCCCCAUAUAGUCUAUGACAUUAGCUGUCAGUAUAACGUACAAAUGUCAACUCAGACAUUAGCAAAAAACUGUUACGGUGAAGACGUUAAAAAUAUUAAGAUAUUACAUUGGAAUUCUCCCAGCAAAUACAAUAUUCGUAUCCGGGACGCUGAUUAUUUUAAAAACAUUCAUCAAUCAUACGUUAAUUUUGAUGGUAAUUUGUUGAGAGAGAAGUUGCAUCGCUGCUCUCAAAAUGAAGUUGUUACAUACAAGAUGAACCAUUCAGACCUGUGCCUAAGCUUCAGAGCUGCUCAAAGGGUGAAAUUAAGAACGCACAUAUACUACAUGGACUAUAGCUAUAUGAAUGUUGAUAGUUUUGAUGUUACUCUAGUUCUACAAUUGUCUAUGGACAGAUUACAGUUUUUGGAAAGGAUUGUCAAAUAUUGGGAAGGUCCACUAAGUGCUGCCAUCUAUCUGUCGGACUGUGAAGUAACUAAACUAGAAAGUUUCAUUAGAGAUUGGUCAUCAACACUUAAUAUAAGAAAUAAUAUUGGAUACCACUUGGUGUUUAAGCAUGAUUCGGUACAUUAUCCAGUGAACUAUCUUCGUAAUGUAGCCUUAGAGAAUGUGAACACUCCGUACGUGUUCCUUAUGGAUGCAGAUUUCGUACCAAUGGCCGGUCUAUACAGAUAUCUGAGGGAAUCAAUAAAAGUUAUCAACCCAUAUCCACAGAAGAAGUGUUUGGUUGUACCGGCGUUUGAAACUCAGAGGUAUAGAGCAUCACCACCACGAAAUAAAGAGGAAUUGUUAUCAAGACUGUCCAUCAAUCAUAUAGGAGACGUAGCACCGUUCAGAUCAAGAGAGUGGCCCAGAGGUCAUCGACCUACUAACUAUAUAAGAUGGUCAACUGCUACUGCUCCGUAUGAGGUAGAUUGGCAAUCGGAUUACGAACCUUAUUUAGUGGCGCAUCGCAGCAUCCCUAAAUACGACACGAGAUUCUCUGGCUUUGGAUGGAAUAAAGUAAGAAGGAAUACAUCAAAUAUACUAGUUAUACAAGUAAUGAAAUUAUAUGAAUAG